CUCCGUCAUAUCCAUGUGUUUGUUUCAUUCGGCUACAGAAGGAAAGAGCCUCCUCGCGUUUUCUCUCUCUCGCUCGCUCGGUCGCGCUCUCUCGCGCUCGAAACUGUUUCGAUUUCUGUCCCUCGCUCCUCGCACGAACGAUCGAUCGUAAAAGUGUGAAAUUCCGGGCUCGUUUCGAUGUCUGUCUCUGGAUAAUUCCCCGAUCCAGGCAGUUAUUGCAACAAAACCCUAGUUUCAGACACGAGCCACCCGUAUUAACCUCGAGCAAAUAACAAACCUCAUGAAUGAUCUUUCUCGUUCUGUUGGUUUUGUUGAUUACCAAGGAACCCCGUAAUUACUCCGUCCGAAGCCGCUGUGUACAGCCGACAAAUUCGACGAUCUAUUCGAGUUUGGAUUAGGGCAAAAGGGCUUGGCUCAGUAUCGUCCAUCUAAUUUUAGCUGCUUUUUUUUACGGGAAGGGUUAUCAUAGGUCAAUAGUAUAUGGGAAAUUUUGUUAUGUAUCGUCUGGUUUAAUUGUAGGUUGAGCUGGUUCAGAUUCCAAGGAGGUGGGGUUUAGUUUGUUCUAUUUGCGUUGGCUGGGGUUUAUGGCUCUGGUUGGCUUGCGUUAAUGGUGACCGGUAAAUAUUGGUAGGUGAAUCCGGAUCGUGCAUCAAUUCACUCUAUCCUUAUAUUUCGUUUGGUUUGGACUUCAAUAGCAUUGCCAAGGUAUUUUGAGGAGAUAAAAGUUUUUUGGGCUAUAAAAAUACUGUCGUAAUUUCUGGGCCUUGUCGCUUUGACGUGAGUUUGAUUUGUUGAAUUCUGACGUGGUGAGUGGUGGGUUGAAGACGCGUAUCUGAGUAAAUCAUUCAGUAUUCAUUGCAGAAUGAGCUUAGAAAAUGACAUUCAAAGCUCUGUUGAGAAGUCUGACGAAUCAGUCUGUGAGCCUAAAACGCGUCCACAACUUUCAUAUACGAGAGACUUCCUUUUAUCGUUGAGCAACCUAGAUGUUUGCAAACAGUUGCCAAGCGGAUUUGACCCAACAAUACUAAGUGAAUUGGAGGAUGCCUCACAUGACAUACAAGAAAGGCAAAGAGUUCCUGGAAACAUGCCAUUGCAGGGUUACAGGCGGAAUGAAUAUGGUUCAUCUCCACCUACCAGAGGGGAUUCUGGCAAUUAUUCUCGGGGACUAUAUGGAAGGUGGGACAAUCGUUCUUCUGGACGUAAUGAGAGGGACAGUGACUCACAAUCGGAUAGAGAUUCAGAUUCAGGUAGGCGUCAUGGGAACCAAUCUCGGCGGUCUUGGCAAGGUCCUGAGCAUGAUGGGCUUCUUGGGAGUGGGUCUUUUCCAAGACCAUCUGGAUUUGCAGCAGGGCUGUCAGCUCCAAAAGUUCGGUCCAAUGACAACUACCAGCUGAAUCGGAGUACUGAGCCUUAUCAUCCUCCUCGCCCUUACAAGGCAGUGCCAAACUCACGGAGAGACACCCAUGAUUCCUUCAAUGAUGAAACAUUUGGUUCUUCCGAGUGUGCAAGUCAGGAUAGAGCAGAGGCAGAAAGGAGGAGAAGAGAAUCCUUUGAGGUGAUGAGGAAGGAACAGCAGAAAGCACUUCAAGAGAAGCAGAAGUUGAAGCUAGGCAAACAUAAAGAUGACCAUGUUUCAGAUUUCACUGAAUUGCUGGAAGAUGGAAAAGAUGUAAAAAGAGUUACCAAUAGAAGUAAUGAACUGGAUGAGUCUGUGACACAACCAGUCCCGAACAAUGAUUCUGGCAAAUCUUCUUGCAGACCACUAGUACCCCCUGGGUUUAAAAGCACAAUUUUGGAGAGGAAUUCAAGCACUAAGCCUUUAACCCAUUCUCAUUCAGAAGAGGUUGGGAGACCUGAAAUUGAGGAAAGCUUUUCUCAUGCCAAAGCUAAUGUGCAAAAUGGGACUCUUGAUAAUCAAGAGGAAAGACAAUUGGUUUCGAAAGUUGGAUUUGGAGAGAAGCAGCACGAGAAUAGUAAAAUUAACACACAAAUUAACACACCAUCCUUUAGUAAGGGUGAACAGAUUUUGGAUGCAUUGGUAGGUCUGGAAGUUUUGGAUAAGAAACUUAAUGUGGACGAUCAACUAUACCGGACUUCUAGUCUUUCUGAAGCUUCUGAAACUCAUGACAAUAGUGAAAUUAUUGAAAUCAGUACCAAAAAGGUGUCUGGGCAUAAGAUCAUUGGCAAUCCCCAGGAGCAUGCAGUGUCAAUUCUAGACAAGCUUUUUGGUAGUGCUUUGACAGUGAAUCCCAAUGGAGCUUCGGGUUUAAUUGAGCCUCUUGAUACAGAGCAAGUUGACAAAUUAAUCCCCAAUGCUGUCCAGUCAUCUAAGUUCGCUCACUGGUUCCUUGAAGAUGAAAAUAAGGCAGCGGAAAAUUCCUCCUAUGGUAGGCCGAAUGACUUGCUUUCACUAAUUGUUGGUGGUGAGAAAGUUGAAUCCCCAGUUCCUGAUGUGAAGGCCAACCUGAAUGUUACGCCAGAUCUUCCCUUUCAGAAUUCUGAGCUUACCAACAGAUAUUUAACAUCUAAUAUGCCAUCUUCCACAAUGGAAAUGUCUGAACAGUUCUACAAUGGAAGUAAACAAGAGCCGGUUGUUCCAAUCCUUACAUGUGAAGACCUUGAACAGACUAUUCUUUCUGAAUAUAGCAGUAGAAAUUCAACAUUGCAGACAACUGGUCAAGGUUGGAGUGGUUAUGGUGGACAAGAAUCAAAGGCAGAUAUUGAUAAUCGUGCGUCACAACACCUCCUCUCCUUGUUGCAGAAGGGAACAGGCUUGAAAGAUAUAGCAGAGCCUCUGAACCUAGACAGUGGAUCCUUGGACAAGCUACAUGUCAUUGAAGGAGCAAUUGUUGGCAGUGCCAAUGAUAAUACUAUUGAGGAAAAGCCUGAAAAAAUUCACCAGUCUGGGAAGACCUUGACUCUUGAGACACUAUUUGGGUCUGCUUUCAUGAAGGAGCUGCAAUCAGCUGAAGCACCAGUUUCUGCACAGAGGGGCGUGUUUGGUUCUGUGAGAACAGAUACUUCUGAGCCACACGGGUCAUCUUUUGCAGUUAUGGACGGCAGCAUGUUCCCGAAUUCUGCAGUUGGAACUGAAUCCAACAGCAGGAGCAGCCAUGAAAGUAAUAUUUUGCUAUCAAAUCAGGAGCAGCAAAUUAGGUCCGAAAAAGUUGAAAAUUGGUUGGGGAUCAAUGGUACUCAAAUUGAAGCAGAUCCAUCAAAACACCAAAAUGAUAUAAUGGCCAAGCUUGGCGGCUUUGAUGCAUCAGUUGAUAUUCAGCUGCCUGAGGAGGAGAGCUUGAUUACAGUUGGUGAUCCUGUGAAUACACCUAAUUCCAGUUUCAUGCCUGCUGGAAAUUCAAAUAAAGGGGAAUUGCUACCCUCCAACAGAACUGUUGACAUAGCCGAGAAGCUUGCCGCUCUUAGUACAGCUUUUAAAGAUGAAAGACCUAUGAUAGGGCAGGAAGGUCCACCUUUUGGUCUGUCACCCCAACUCCAUCCCCCUUCCAUGCAUCAAGGGAGGCCAUUUUUCCAUCAAUUAGAUCAGCAUCCUUCUCAUGUUAAUUCUCAGGUGGGGCUCAUGACUCCUGAGGGUAUUAUUCACCAUGAUAUUCCUGGAAGUCAUCAGUUUCCUGGGAAUAUGUUUCGCCCUCCUUUCCAUCACCCUAAAACAGGGCCAGCAGGAUUUGAUCUCCCCCCUCAUCCAAUACUGCAACAGAUACAAAUGCGGGGCACUUUUCCUCCACCUCACCUGUUACGUGAAAUUCCUAGGGGUGGUGGUUCAGUGCCAUCUCAUUUAAACAAUCAUGCAACUGGUUUUAUGCAGGAAUCCAACCCUAUGCAAGGUUUUCCUUUCAGUCAACAGCAACCUAACUUCGGUGGUCCUGGACUGCCAUUGCAAGGGCCUGAUCUUGGGCAUCCGGAAGCAUUCCAAAGGCUGAUUGAGAUGGAACGGGGAGCAAAAUCAAAGCAGAUCCACCCUUUGGCGGCUGCGGCUGGGCAGACCCAUGGCCAUGGGAUGUACGGUCACGAGCUGGACAUGGGCUUUCGGUACAGAUAAUGGACUGUUGUUUCCUUUUCUUUUACAUAUGCCAAGAUAUUGAUUGGCACUGGAGAGUAUGACUGACUUGUAGUAGGGAGUGGAGAUAUUGUAAUAUAUAUGAUGUGGAUUUCCUCGUUCUUUACCAUGUGCUUGGAAGUUUGCUCUUUUGUC